AAAAAGUGGUUUGGUUCGGUUCGGUUCGAUUAGUGAUACAAGACUGUUUGAUGAAUUUUUUUAUGGUCGACAAAAUUGUAUGUAACACUCGGCAUUCUUGUUCUGCCCCAGUUGAACUGAUUGGGGGAAUUUUGAAAUUAGACAACCUUUAAAGUUACUUUAGUCGUUUAUAUACUGCUACACCAAUUAGGAGGAGGGAGGGAGAGCGAGGCUACUAAGGGAUUUGAGUGAGGAUCUUAAUCGCUUUGAGCUGUAAACCCUAAUUUUUGGGGGCUCAGUUGCACAGUAGGCACGACUCCAUUUAGAUGUAUUUUCUGGGGUAUUCGGAUUCUUCUGCUGAGCUCAAUUCGUUAGUGGAGUUUCGAUAUCCUUUUGAUAAAAUGAUGAAGCUCUGAUUUGUUCAUUCUCCAGCGCUUUUGCCCUUUUCCAAAUUUGCAGCUUUUUAUGCGGUUGAGUUCAUAGCAAGAGAAGUCAAGGUUUUAUAUUUGAUUGAUGGACAUCCAUAAGGAAUCUCGGGAUCAUGAUCAUCAUGGCCUUUACCGUGUAGUCAAUGAUGUCGGUUCUGCAUUUGGAAUGGGAGCUGUUGGAGGUUCUGUAUAUCAUUUCGUAAAAGGGGCAUACAAUUCCCCAAUGGGUGCUCGUUUGGUCGGAGGAGCACAAGCAGUCAACAUGAAUGCUCCUCGUCUCGCAGGCAGUUUUGCUGCAUUUGGUGGCUUGUUCUCUGCAUUUGAUUGCACACUGGUGUACAUCAGGAAGAAGGAAGAUCCCUGGAACUCCAUCCUAGCAGGUGCAGCUACAGGAGGGUUUCUUUCUAUGCGGCAAGGGCUUGUUGCAGCUUCUACAUCAGCGGUUAUGGGAGGGGUUUUGCUUGCUUUGAUCAAAGGACCUGGGUUUCUGAACAAGUAACCUUUUGCCUCGCUCUCACUCUUUUUUGGGUUGUGUUUGAUGAGUUUUCUUAAAUUACGUCGUUUCCAUCUUCAAUGUCCUCUAUAAAAUACUCCAAAAUUGCAAUUUAAUAAAUAUUUUCAGAUUUAUAUUCCAAUCAUUUUUGUAUAAACGUCAUCAAAGAUAUGAAUGAGCCAUCAUCAAUGUGUAA